UACAAGAACUAGUCCUGAGAUAGAAGUGCUGCCCAGCAUGGAAUUCUGUACGUUUCAGCACAACAGUCGCUCUGGAGGUGUGCCAACGUCGUAUUUCGUGUUUGGCUAAUUUACCUGGCAUGCCAGCUCACUUUACCGACAAAGAAAGAUCGAUUUACUCGACAUCACUUCUGCCAAUGGACAGUGCCAAUACAAUUCGAUGUCUUGGAGCUCUUUGUAAGUAUCUGGACAAGCAUCGAGUUAAUGUGGAACUCGAGACGUCUGACGUUCGAGUUCCCAUUCUAGCGGUCAAGACCUUCUCACUAGACGACGUUAUGAUUAUAGACGAUAAUACACUCAGUGCUCUUCAGGUAUUCCUAAAGGAGUAUCACCCUUCUGCAUAUAAAGCAUCUUCCACCAGAGAGGGCUUGUCGUUGUUCGGGAUUUGUAAUCGAACUCGGACAACCAUUGGCAGCAGACGCCUCAAACUCUGGUUUCUUCAACCGUUGCGUGACAUCACAGUCCUCCAGAAACGUAUCAAUGCUGUUGAAUUUCUAACAUCAACAAGACACGUCGAUGUCGUCCAGUCGUUAGUUGAUUGUCUACGACACGUGAAGAACGUUCCUCGUAUUUUGUCUCGAAUGACUUCUGCUCAUGCUUCAGUAGGAGACUGGCAAUCCUUGUACAAGACUGUGUGCAAUGCAAUUUAUAUUGGUGAUGCUUGUCGUGCUCUACCGAAAGAAAUUGAUAUAUUUUGUAAGAUUGCUGCCACGUUUUCUGAUGAUCUUCACAGAAUCGCCAACCUCAUCAACAAGAUUGUCGACUUUGAAGAGUCCAAGUCGCAAAACAAAUUUGUUGUCAAGACGGGAGUAGAUGAAGAACUAGACAGAAAGAAACAGACGUAUAACAACCUUCCCGACUUGAUGACGGACGUUGCGAGAGAAGAGUUGGACAAAUUUGGGUCCGAAAUCGAAGAAUGUGCCGUCGUCUAUCUACCACAGCUUGGGUAUCUUUUGGCAGUCCCGUGUACAGCACACAUGAAGGAGGCACAAGACUUUGAACUCGAUGGCUUAGAGUUUGUGUUUUGGAACGACAAUACUGCACACUACAAGAGCCACAAGACAAAAGAGCUUGAUGCCAGACUGGGUGACACUCAAUGUGAGAUUACAGAUCAAGAGACAGCAAUAAUGCACAAGCUUCAGUCUGUGAUUCUUGAGCAUUGUGCGGUCCUACUUGCCGUCAUGGAACACGCAGCCGAACUCGACUGCUUGAUUUCAUUUGCUCUGACCGCCAAGGAAUGCAACUAUAUAAAGCCUACUCUGAAUGAAGACAAUGUGUUCAACAUAAAGGGCAGCAGACAUCCGUUACAAGAGCUCUGUGUCAAUCCGUUUAUUCCCAAUGACAUUGUCUUUGAUGGCAUCAACGGUCGAAUGAAGAUUCUGACCGGACCAAACGCGAGUGGAAAGAGUGUUUAUAUCAAACAGGUUGCUCUGAUCGUCUACAUGGCACACAUCGGUAGCUUCAUACCUGCAGAGUCUGCAAUAAUCAGUAUAACCGAUCGGAUCUUCAGUCGUGUCCACACUCGAGAGAGCGUCUCUGUCAAUCUUUCGACCUUCAUGAUUGAUCUCAAUCAGGUAUCGAUGGCACUCAGGUGUUGCACACAGCAGUCUCUGAUAAUCGUCGACGAGUUUGGAAAGGGAACAUCCAAUGUUGAUGGUCUUGCAUUGCUGAGUUCUUCGUUGCGAUAUUGGCUGCGGAUGGAUACGCAGUGUCCUAAACUGAUCGUCUCGACACAUUUCCACAGUCUCAUACAACAGCAAUUACUUCCCGAUUCUCCACAGUUGCAGUACCAGACGAUGGAAGUGAUGCAUGACAAAGAUGAGUUGGUGUUUCUGUAUCAACUGAAGGAUGGACACACGUCGAGCAGCUACGCUAGUCACAUAGCUGCAGUCGCCAACAUUCCGGCUGAACUCAUCGCGAGAGCACAAGAGGUGACAGAGUUGUUCAGACAAGGACGACCGAUUCAUCGCAUCGACUCUGCUAGUACCGAGACACGCUCGAAGAAAUAUGCGGCUAUCGUCAGCCAGUUUCUCGAUCUCGACCUCAGCAAGGAUGACGUCGUUGGAUUCCUAAACCAUUUCGUGCUCCCAACAGCAGACUCAAUGGAAGAUUCCUACCGUUGAGGCAAGAUGUUCGGCUCUGAUUCGAACUCUGAUCAUGCAAAGUGUUUCUGAGCUGUCAUCAGUCCUCGUUUCGUAGGAAAACUCUCCGAAACAUGCGAACUAACACCAUCUGGGGCUCG